AUAGUAUGUUUUUCAGCCCACUGGGGAGAGAGGUGUUUAAGAUUUCUGUAAUUCAGUUCCGUCAACGCUUUGGUUUUCCGGUGGCUUUUCCGGUUCGAAGCAAUGGCGACAAACUUCCAAUUUGAUUCCGAAUUCUUUAAGAAUUUUCUCAUCCCUGAUUACAUACUCCGACCUGAAGCUGAAGCUAAAGUUGAGAGCGUUCCUUAUGUUCCCAAUUGUCCUGUUUUGGUAUUUAUCAACUCCAGAAGUGGUGGUCAGCUUGGUGGCAGUCUCCUUAGCACAUAUCGUUCUCUUCUCAAUGAGAAACAGGUUUUUGAUUUGGGGGACGAAGCUCCUGACGCGGUGCUGCGCAGAUUCUUCUUGAACCUUGAAAAGCUUAAGCUUAAUGGCGAUGCAAUUGCAGUCGAAAUUCAGAAGAGAUUGCGACUAAUAGUUGCAGGGGGUGAUGGAACAGCUGGCUGGCUUCUUGGAGUUGUUUGCGAUCUUAAGUUAUCUUAUUCACCUCCAAUUGCUACAGUGCCCUUAGGAACUGGAAACAAUCUUCCUUUUGCAUUUGGUUGGGGAAAGAGGAAUCCUGGAACAGACCUUAACGCUGUGAUUUCAUUUUUAGAUCAAGUCCUGAAAGCAAAGGAAAUGAAAAUUGACAAUUGGCAUAUUCUGAUGAGGAUGAGAGCUCCAGCAGAAGGCUCAUGUGAUCCUAUUGCUCCUCUUGAAUUGCCACAUUCCCUGCAUGCAUUUCAUCGGGUCACCGAGGGUGAUGAAGACAACGUGGAAGGUUGCCUCACAUUCCGUGGGGGAUUUUGGAACUACUUCAGCAUGGGAAUGGACGCUCAAGUAUCAUAUGCUUUUCAUUCUGAGAGAAAGAUGCAUCCUGAAAAAUUUAAGAAUCAGUUAGUUAAUCAGAGUACCUAUGCAAAGAUUGGCAGCACCUGGUUUUUUGCUCCUUUGUUUCAUCCUUCAUCCAUGAAUAUAUCUCAAAUUGCUAAGGUCGAGAUCAUGAAACAUCAUGGUGAUUGGCAAACGUUGCCUAUACCUCCUGGAAUCAGGUCAAUCGUAUGCCUUAACUUGCCCAGCUUUUCCGGUGGAUUCAAUCCAUGGGGUAAACCAAAUUGCAGGAGGCGGCGUGAUAGAGACUUUACUCCACCAUACGUCGAUGAUGGCCUUCUUGAGGUUGUUGGAUUUCGGGAUGCUUGGCAUGGACUCGUUUUGCUUGCUCCCAGUGGACAUGGAACUCGUCUUGCGCAGGCUCAUCGCAUCAGGUUCGAGUUCCAGAAAGGUAAAGCAGAUCACACAUUCAUGAGAAUUGAUGGGGAACCCUGGAAGCAACCCCUCCCUGCCAAUGAAUCUGUUAUGGUGGAAAUCUCUCAUCUUGGCCAAGUCAACAUGCUUGCCACCCAUAGUUGCAUAUCAAGAAGUGUUAAUGAUCCCUCAACACCGAGCAGGAUUGAUGAGGAUUCAGAAGAGGAGGAUUGUGAAGAUGACUCCACAAAAGGUGGAGAAGAAUUCAGGAAAUUUGGUGCAGCAGCAACCUUUAAGAUGCCAGAUGAAGUUGAUAUUUCUCAACUUAGUUGAAAACAACAAUUUACCAUCUUUUCUCUCUCUCUCUCUCUCUCUCUCUCUGAAUGAUGAUCAUUUAUUGUUAUUGAACAGCGGGCAUAUGUACUUAUUAUAGUGAUCGGUUUGAUUUCCAAUAAAUGUUGCAUAUUUAUAUAUAGAGUGACUCAAAGAGUUCAUUAACAUGGCAACUAGAAUCUGGGAGAGAACAGAAUGUAUAUCCUCUGGGUUCUUUGUUGUUCUAUCAGAUUGUGGUAUUUGUAAGCAAA